AUGCAGCCAGCCAAGUGGGGAUGGUGGAUCAAGGAAUGUAUAACCCCUAUCAUUGUACUGGUCGGAAUCAUCGGCAACUGUUUAAGUUUCGCUGUCAUGAAAUCGAGAAACCUUCGUAAAAAAUCCUACAGCCAUUUUCUAUGUGCACUGGCUGUAUUUGAUAGUCUGACGUUAAUUGGUCGACAGGUGACUCUUGUCGAUGAACUCUACAACCAUCUUGGUCUUGGCCACAAAAGUGUAUUUUAUCAUUUUAACGACGCUGCAUGCAAAACCUACAAUUUCCUGGAACAUAUGUGUUAUCUAAUGUCAUCAUGGUUAAUCGUCUGCAUGGCAGCAGAACGAGUUGUAGCAGUUUGUCAGCCAUUUAAGAAAAGCGUCUUGCGAACUCAGACCGGAGCCGUAGCCAUCAUUUUCUCGCUGUUUGUGAUUUUAUCAUACACCCAAGUAUUCCGAUUCAUAAUGAUUGGAAGUUACAUGAACACUUGUCAAGCCAUGCAGUCUUUUAUUCAGUUGUAUGUAAAUUUACAUAUUUAUCUUUAUCAGUUUACUUUGAUAUUUAUUUUGCCGUUUCUACUUGUUUUAGUUUUCAAUACGAUGGUACUAUAUCAGAUAUACCGGGUACGACGGGAGGCGAGUAGCGACUCGAGAUCUCGCGUUGUAGCGAGAACACACAAAACCACGUUCAUGCUUCUUGCUAUUUCAAUAAUAUACAUUAUCACGAUGCUGCCACUGGUAAUUGUUUCCAUAUAUGCUCAUAUCGCCCUUCACAGCGGGAAGCCAAUCCUUGAGGUUCAACAGAUGCUCAUCUCCAUUCAACCUUGGCACGACCUUCUAUCUGUAGUCUCAUUCAUGAACUAUGGGAUAAAUUUCUUUAUCUACGUAGUUUCCGGUCAAUCCUUCCGGUUUGAGCUGCGCAGAAUGAUUUUUUCAAAAGAGAGACACAGCUCUACCAGUGGUACAAGAACGAGAGAAGAAGUCAUGAAACUACAAUGA